GAGGACAAGGAAUUUCAGAGUCUGUACUUCCAAUGUUUGGUUUCAUCUUCAUCUUUUCCAUUCACUCAUUUAACUAAGAGUGGGGAAAAAAAAAUGGAAAGAGCAAUUCAUACCAACCUGAAUCCAAAGUCACCAACCUCCAAACACAGAAAUAGUGAAUCUUUUUCCUCUCUUCAUCAUCUCUCAUCUGAUAAACCAAACAAAUCUGAACCACACCAUGCCAUGAAGCCUAAUGAAGUUAGAACCCUUCUCCAUGAUCCCACCUCAGAGCUCAGAACUUUUGCUGCACACAAGUACUUCAACCAUGACAACUUCCAAAGAGUAACCAUCAACAGCAACAGUAGAGUCUCUCCCCUGCUCAACAUGGACACAGAACACAAACACAGUGUUCCAGAACAAGGUGACAUCAUCACAAAGUCCACAAGAUCAUUCUCUGAUUCUGCUUCAUCAUCAGUUGUCGGUGGUAAUGGUUACUGCAACAACAACAUCAUCAUCAACAACUACAAAGCUCAUUCAUUCCAUCUUGCAACUCCAACAACUCCGUCACCUUCCUCAUCCAAAUCCACUCUAAACAACAAAGCUGGUUUGCUAUUCCACCACCCUCGGAAAAAUCCAAUCUCAGUUCUAAACCCUCCUCAAACCUCCUCCAAUCUCACACAGAAACUAAGAAGUUCUCUGUCAAAACCCAUUUGGCUUUUGAGAAGAAAAUGCCCCUGCAAUGAUAAAAAGUCAGUGCAAGUCAAAGCAAACACACAGAAAAACUCUGCAAAACCCAAAACCUCACCCCCACAACCUCAAACCCUUUCACCCAACCAAAUCCACAAAGGUUCCUUGAAUCACAAAGCAUCACCACCAACAUCACCAUCAUCCAACAAGGAGUUGAAAUCUCAAAGGCUGUUCCAAUUCCAACCUGCCAUGAACCAAUCCAGAAGGCCAUCAAAGGAGGGCUUCACUUUCCCUUUGGCCAUGGCAGCAAACUCCACAAAACCCCACCAGGUUCUUCUGAACGUUGUUCAUGAAGAAGAGGACGCAACACCACGAGAGUCCUUGCAUGUGUUCCAACCUCCAAGCCCCUCAAAGUCACAUGCCAUGAUGGAUGAUGAUGCGGCCAGUGACGCAAGUUCUGAUCUUUUUGAGAUUGAGAGUUUCUGCACUCAAACCACUACAACACUCCCAUGCCCCAUUGUUACACCUUCUGUUGCACAGUGCCAUGAAACCACCGAUCACGAGUUCUUCUUCGCCGCUGACGCCGGCAGCAGUUUGUGGCGGCGGCUUAGGGAUACGGAGGUGUUGCCACCGUUUUAAGAUCAAACAAUGAAGUCAACCAAUGAAGAACUUACUUGGCUGAAGAGUCAAAUGAAUACUUUUUAUUUUUUAUGUCUCAAUUCAGUAAGUGUGAAUGUUAAUUAGUCUCUUCUUUUCGUGCUUGUAAAAGUAAAUUCUUUUUAAUGUGUUUAAGGAAAAUGUCGAGUCAAAUUUGUGAAUAAAUUGAAAGCUUGUUACUAA